CGGUCGUCGUGGUAAAUUACCAAAAUCUUAUUAAAAGACCAAAUUGAUCGGUCUCGUUUGUGGAAGACCCUGGAAUAUCGCUCUCUGCUCCGAUGGCUUACGUUGAACGAGGCGUUGUGAAAUCCAAGCGAUCAAUAUGGCGGCUCAAGACUAUCACAGACUUCUUCUGGGCUAUUGUUAACUUCUUUGGCGUGUUUUUUGCAACUAUGUUUUCGAUGGAGAAGUCAGAUGCUUACAGAAAAGGCUCUGGCGCUGGCAAGAAAUGGGAUGGUGGUGGGCCAGGAGGUCCAGGGGGACCAUACGGUGGUGGUCCACGUGGGCCGCCUCGUGGACUAGACAAUGUUCGUGGAAUUGAUCAUAGUUCUUUACCUGCAUGCGGCUCUUGCUGUGGCUGAGUGUCAAGAGGUAUCUAUUGUGCAUUAUCCAUAUUGUGUCUCUAAUGCUAUGUUUGGAAAUGUGUAAGGAAUUACUUACCAAAAAAGAAAAAGAAAAUGUUUUAAGGAGUUGAAAUUGUGUAAUAUGUAAUGUGGAUGUCCGUAGAUUUAUCAUGUGACCUGAGUAUAGGGAAGGAAACCAAAAAUCGUUAAUAAACCACGAUGGUGUUUGCACUUCCCCA